AUGGAGGACUUAUUCGAAAGGAUUUACGAUGACAUUUUCUACUGCUCUGUGGACUGGAAAACAGAUACCUUCUAUUUGCAACUAGAGAUAUUGACACAAUUCGCAGAGCUGAAGCCCUUGCUUCAAAAACUGAAAGCAAAUGGCAACAAAUUGAAAUCAAAGCGGAAACAACUGAGAAGGAUUUAUAAGCCUCCCAAACUACAUCACAAGUGCUUUAAAAAAUUGGAUCCCAAUUACCAAAGGCGACGUCACGUCCACAACAAGAUAGAUGAUGUGGAUACCUUAGUCUGCGAACGUGAUGAACUAUCAUACACUAUUGAUUUAGGCGUUGAAAACCUGCUGGACCUUAUGGUGAAGUAUUCAAUGCCACCUGUUCUGCUGGUGAAUGAUAAGGAGGACUACUCUCUAAUUCGGGUCAUGAGGGAUAUCUGUGGGUUUGAAGGUUAUCUUUUGGUGGACCCAGAGCUCAAAGGCCUUGUAAGGCGUAUCCGGAAGGACCGGUUUAAAUUUGCUGAUCCUGAGGAUUGUGCGAGGAGGAUAGCAAAUGAGAAAUUGUUUUUGCCCUUGGAGGACAAAACAGAUUUGAUAUAUCUACAACUGGAGAUGAACUUGGUGCUUGAAUAUGAGAUAAUGCCCCUCAUACCAGAAUUUACUAUGAUAGAACGGAUGCUGAAACCGGUAUUGAGACUGGCAACUAUCCCUGGUUUUAGAUUCUAGAAUCGCGUAAAAGUUCAAGUUUUGAAGAAACACUUUUCUGCUUCCAGGUAUAAGAAAAUAUGGUGGACUUACCAAUAUUUGAAAGCAAGGGUAGAAAAGUUGAUAGAGGAACAUUAUGACCUGAUGACUGAAUUGGAUUACAAACUUGAGGAGCUAUACAAUCUCAUGAUCAAUGCUUCAAAGCAUCCCUUUGUUUUCGUAAGAGACAAGUCUGAAUACUUUUUGAUAUGUGUCAUGAAGGAAAUUUGUGGA